CGUCUUGUACGCAGGCGCAUGCCGAAGAAGUGCCGUUCGUCUGCCACCUGUUGGUCGACAUGAAGAAGUACACUCCCUUGCCGGCAAGGACGCGCACACCGAUGGGACGCAGGCGCAGAAAUGCAACUCCAGGAGGACCCGGUGGCCAUUGGGCUCCGCUGUGGGAGAAACUACAUUUCCCAUAAGUUUUCGCACUGCAGCGGCAGAGCCUAUAAGCUUUGGAAUAGCCGGCGUGGGGACCGCGCGACGUGCGGCUGGACAUGGCUUUCUUGGUCGGAUCCCUAGGUCGCCAGUCGGGCCGCCUGAGGUGGCUCCAGCCCCGGGCCUGGCUGGGACUCCCCGACGCCUGGGGACUCCUCGCCGCACAGCAGAACCGGGGAAAGGCGCGCGGGAACGAGUAUCAGCCGAGCAACAUCAAACGCAAGCACAAACACGGCUGGAUCCGGCGCUUGAGCACGCCGGCCGGCGUCCAGGUCAUCCUUCGCCGCAUGCACAAAGGCCGGAAGUCUCUGAGCCAUUGAGGAUUGCGACGCCGACCGCGGGACCCCCAUUAAAGCCUUUGUCUCUCCUGGGACCUCUCUUGCUGUUGCUUUUGUGGGGAGCCCGGACGACUCAGACAUGCGUGCACCUCAAAUUGGGGGGCUGGCCCAGGGGGAGAAGUCUGGGGCUGGACUGAGAGUGGGAGUAGGAAGUCAGACCUAGUCCCUUUCUACGAUUUUUGAAUUAGGAAGAAUUUUGAACAUACGGCAACAGCCCACUGAAUAGCACAGUGAACCCCGUGUACUCUGUACACAGCUCUGACCACCAGUUACCCACAACCCACCUGCCCCCUCCUGUGUUAUUUUGGAGCAAAUCUCAGGCAUCGGGUUAUUUCUUCUGUAAGUAUAUCAGAAUGCAUCUCUUCUAGAAAAAGCCUUUUUAAACACUCCAGGCCUGGUGACAGGCCUUUUAAGAACCUAAUCAAAACAACUUUUCACACCUAAAAAAAUGGUUAACGUUGUUCCUUAAUACCAUUAAGUGUCUAAUAAAUGUCCGAAUUUCCA